AGGUCAGGAAGGGGAACGAGCGCGAACGGAACAAAUGGAACCUCAUAAAAAGGGGCGCGUGCUCCCGAAGCGCGGCAGAGAGAAACAGGAGAGCACACGAGCCACCAACCGCCUCAGCGCGCGCGGGACACCACCGGUUGACAGUCUGCUGACGUGAGUUUCCGCUCAUCCUCUCGGCACUGGCUAAAAGAGAAGAGCUUCAGCUGCGUACUGGUGAGGCUGCCCAGAGCAGGAGAAGCAGGAAGGAACUGCGUUUUCCGAGAGAGGAUCAAAGACUGGGGGGAGAGAGAGAGAGGGAGAGAGAGGGAGAGUCUGGCUGAACAUCCCACAGGAUGAAGAAAAGCAGUAGUGCGCAGGGAGUUACACCAGGCGAUGAGAAUAAGGAGCCUCCUCUCGGACCAUUUUCCACAGGGAGCACCCUCGGGGUAGAGAUGUGCAGAGUACACAGGCGGUUUUCUGGCAACCUGCAGCUGCCUCCGUUGUCAUGGCGACAAGCGGAAAAGGAGAGGGACAAGGGCAGGUCGCUAACACCUGAGGAAGAUCCAGUGACCCGGACCAGACCCACGAGUCUGCCCAUCGUCUCUCUGCCCCGCAUCGACAUCACACAGGCUGACCCUGACAGCUUUGAAGUGGAGAACGGUCCAUCGCUAUGCUGCAGUCCUUCAGAUCUGCAGGCAUCCCCGGGUUCAGGUCUGGUACUACAUCCCAACCUGGCAGGUCAUGGCCAGCGCCGGGAGUCCUUCCUGUACCGCUCCGACAGCGACUACGACCUGUCACCAAAGUCCUUGUCUCGAAACUCUUCCAUUGUUGGAGAACUGCAUGGAGAGGACUUGAUUGUGACUCCAUUUGCGCAGGUUCUGGCGAGCCUUCGCACUGUCAGGAACAAUUUCACCACCUUGACAAAUGUACAGUGUGCAUCUUAUAAAAAGUCUCCUGCUGCGAAUCAGCCUACUGUCACCAAAGUUUGUCUGUCAGAUGAGUCCUACCAGAAGCUGGCUAUGGAGACCAUGGAGGAGCUGGACUGGUGUCUGGACCAGUUGGAGACCAUCCAGACCUACCGCUCAGUCAGCGACAUGGCCUCUAAUAAGUUCAAGAGGAUGCUGAACCGGGAGCUGAGCCACCUGUCUGAGAUGAGUCGCUCAGGCAACCAAGUGUCAGAGUACAUCUCCAACACCUUCCUAGACAAGCAGAAUGAGUUGGAGCUUCCAUGUCCAGUCCCUAAAUCCAGGGAACGGAAGAGGAGGCAGGGCCAGCAGCAACAGCAGCAGCAGCAGCAGCAACAACAGCAGCAGCAGCAGCAGCAGGGUGGGAUGAUGACUCAGAUCAGCGGGGUGAGGAAGGUCAGCCACACGCCCAGCAUCUCUGGAAGCUCCUCAAAUCGGUUCGGGGUCAAGACGGACCAGGAGGAACUGCUGUCGAAGGACCUGGAGGACAUCAACAAAUGGGGACUGAAUAUCUUCAGAGUGGCCGAGCACUCCCAUAACCGACCGCUCACAUGCAUCAUGUACACCAUCUUUCAGGAGCGAGACCUGAUGAGGACGUUCAGGAUUCCAACGGACACCUUUGUGACGUUCAUGCUGACCCUGGAGGGCCACUAUCACUCCGACGUCGCCUACCACAACAGCCUGCACGCCGCUGACGUAGCCCAGUCCACACACAUCCUCCUGUCCACGCCCGCGCUGGACGCCGUCUUCACUGAUCUGGAGAUACUGGCAGCCAUUUUUGCCGCAGCCAUUCAUGACGUGGACCACCCAGGAGUGUCCAACCAGUUCCUCAUCAACACCAACUCUGAGCUGGCUCUGAUGUACAACGAUGAGUCAGUGCUGGAGAACCACCACCUGGCCGUGGGCUUCAAACUGCUGCAGGAAGACAACUGCGACAUCUUCCAAAACCUCACCAAGAAACAGAGGCAGACGCUCCGGAGGAUGGUCAUAGACAUGGUUUUGGCAACUGACAUGUCCAAACACAUGAGCCUGCUGGCUGAUCUGAAGACAAUGGUGGAAACCAAAAAGGUGACCAGCUCUGGAGUGCUACUGUUGGACAACUACACAGACAGGAUGCAGGUUUUGCGUAACAUGGUUCACUGUGCGGACCUGAGCAACCCGACCAAGCCUCUGGAUCUGUACCGCCAGUGGACAGACAGGAUCAUGGACGAGUUUUUCCACCAGGGAGACCGAGAGAGGGAGAGGGGGAUGGAGAUCAGCCCCAUGUGCGACAAACACACAGCUUCAGUGGAGAGAACACAGGUUGGCUUCAUUGAUUACAUCGUCCACCCUCUGUGGGAGACGUGGGCCGACCUGGUCCACCCCGAUGCCCAGGACAUCCUGGACAUGCUGGAAGACAACAGAAACUGGUACCAGAGCAUGAUCCCCCAGAGUCCCUCCCCACCCUUCUACACCUGUGAGGGGGAGGGUUGCCCACAUGGGGAGGUGGAGGGAGGGCCUGCUCCGACUAAAUUUCAGUUUGAACUGACGCUGGACGACCAGGACGGAGACAGCGAGAGCGGGAUGAUGGAGACAACCGAUGGCACGUCGCUCCAGGAUCACCCCUCUGAUCCAGACGGGGUGGAAAUGACGACGCGUGACGUCUCCCCCGCGGAAACAUAGCUGAAGUGACGGCGUUCUUAGAGUGCAGCAGGUUUUUGCUGUUUUUGGCUGAAAUCAUUUAAUUGCAGUGGAGCAAUCCUGCAAUCUGGCUCUUUGGCGCUUGCCUGGCAAAGAGGGCCUGACUGAAUGUGGGGCACCCCUGCAAACAAGGCAUGGAAACCCUGUUUGUUUUUGAGCCCCCUGGAAGGGAGCUGGAAGAGUGCAGCGUCUGUUCUUUAAAGAAGGGACUACUGUGGGACUGCAGAGGCAGGGCUGAGUCCUGGUCCACACAGACAAAGAAGGCGACAUGGACGAUAUGUAUCCGUGUACUGGGACUCGUAAAAAUUCCAAACUUGCACUUCAGGACGUUUUUUAUGUUCAUUUAGAUUCUUUGUAUUGUGUCGGGAUCGGAUGCCAAGUGUCCAACCAAAACUACUGGUCAACAAGUUAUUUGUAACCGAGUCGUUUUUUUCUAACACUUUCAAAAGUUUUGUGCCUUUUUUUUUUCUUUUCUUUUUUUUUAAACAACCAUGUCUUUUUGUACGUUUUUAUAAUUUAUUGAACACAUUCAUGUAGCUGUAAAAAUGUGUCAAGUUUUCUACAGAGAGGACACAUUUGUCUCACGCAGUCUUCCUAAUGUUCUGGCAAUAUUAUAAGCUUGUUCACACAAAAGCAGUCCAAGUGGAUGUAUUCCUAAAAUCAGUUGACUUCCCAGCACAAUUUGCACUUUGUGGCAUAGCACGAAGAGAGCAUCAGUAAUUUACAGAAAACAUUAUAGUAAACCAAAAUAAUGAUUUUCUUUUUCCAAUAAUUCAUUUCAUAGCUCAUCGAUCAGAUUCCUUGAAAGUGGGAAAAUGUUCGUUUCCGUCCCAGAAAAAAAACCUCCAAAGAUUCUGUAAAGAAAGCACUUUGAUGAUUUCACUGCCACCUCUGAAAAGUGUGAUCCCACGCUUCAAGAGUCACUAGUUUAACUUCCAAACAGAAGCCAAACUUCGCAUGAAGAGCUGAAAGCCAAUUAUUAAGUGAAAUAUCACCAAAAAUAUCCAAGAUAAAUGUCUCCUCACCUUGUAUUGUGCUGAGCCAAUCCAGUGCGGGAGAUCUGUUUCCACCUUGUCGUUCCCCUCGUCAUCGGCUCACACGCCUGUUGUUGUGGUUAACAGGAUUCCAUUCUCAUAAAGACGCUUUUCACCGUGACUCAUGUUAAACUCUGAAUGACUGUAAGACUGUGUGCACAUUUAAAAAAAAACAAGACGCCUGUUAGCGAUUAAUUGUAUCUCGUAGUUUUUAUUCCAGCACUUUGAAUAACGUCGACAGUUCGGCAGCUGGUUGCCGAGCUGUCCCAACACUACCUUAAAGGUACCACGUUGUAAGGUGCAACCUUCAGAAUAAAGAGGGUUGCAUCGAUAUCGUGUCAUUACGAUAUCUUGUGUGUGUGUGUGUGUGUGUGUGUGUGUGUGUGUGUGUGUGUGUGUGUGGUGGUCACAGAGUUGCACAAUCUUGUUGCACGCAGCUGUGUUGUGCUGACCCCUUCAGCUGUUUGUAACACUGUAUUUAUUAUCUUAUUCUUGUAUAUGAUAAUGUUGAUAUUGAUUGUUAAUAUUCCUUGUAUAUUUGUUAUUAUUUAUAUGCACUACCACGUCAAAUCACAGUUUGACUGAACUUGUCUGGUGGUUCUGAUUUAUUGUUAUUUCGCAAGCUAUUUUGCUAUAAGACCGUAAAAUGAAGUUAUGCAGUUCAAUUUUGACAAUUUGAAAUGUAUGUUUGGUUUCAAAAAAAUCCAGGCCAGAAAUCAACGACACCUCACGUGAGGUGCAAGAAGAAGGAAGUCUGGCUUUUGUUUUCGUCUUUUGUUCCUGACGGAUUAUGAAGGCUGGAUAUUUACCGCAGUAUAAUGUGUACGGUGACGGGUCAUUGUACAGCUCUAGGAAUAUUUGCUGAAAUAUAUAUAACAUUGUUUUAAAUAUAUUUUUUCAGUGUUUUCCUCACAGUAUAUGGUAAAAUGGUGUAUGUUGUGCGCAACAAAUGUUUUCUAUCGGAUUAUUAAAAUGGGCAUGUAUUACAGAA